AUGGUCUCCUGCACACUCGAGCACUAUAGUGUGGUCGAUGUUCUACUUGACUUCAUGAGUUUUAACUACAAACAAUACUUAUAUUUGUUGAAACACAAUUUUGAAGACACAAAAGAAGAUGGGGGGCAGCGGGGUGAUGGUUUUAAGACCUAUGCAUGGACUCGGCUAAUUUUAUAUUACAUUGAUAAUUUCAUAAUUAAAAAUGUAUAUUUGGCAAAGUCCGGUUUCGUUGUAGAUGGAAGAAGGAUCGUGGAAAAACAAGCAGUCUUUGCUGCACUGCUUUUAGCAGGUUUAACAGCUUUUACAGAACCUGUGUGUGUGUUUGUGCACAGGUGGCUCAGCUCCUGGGUACCCCGAGACCAUCAACUUUUGAGGAAAAAGAAGCCAGUUAGGUGCCCGCCAGCCACGUGCUUUUUGGGAAGAAGAGGAAACGGCAGCGGGGCGGCCAGGGCGGUGCUGUGCGCUGUGGCAGCCCCACAGGGUGAGGACCUCUGCCACCUCAUCUCCUUUGGGAAGGACCUGCUGGCGGGCGGCGGGGCGGCCGCCAUCUCUGAGAUGGCGUUGGUGCCUGUCGAGCGAGUGAAGCUGUUGCUGCAAGUGCAGGCCUUGUCCAAGCAGAUCCGGGCGGAUCAGCAGUACGAGGGCACGGUGGACUGCUUCGUGCGCGUCCCCAGGGAGGAAGGAUUUUUCAGCUUUUGGCAUGGCAAUUUGGCAAAUGUUAUAUGGUAUUUCCCAACACAGGCGCUAAACUUUGCUUUUAAGGACAAAUACAAACAGAUUUUCAUGUCCAAAGUGGAUAAAGAAAAACAGUUCUGGAAAUGGUUUUUGGCAAACCUGGCUCCUGGCGGAGCAGCAGGAGCAACGUCCAUGUGUGUACUGUACCUGUUAGACUUUGCAUGAACUCGUUUAGCUGCUGAUAUUGGGAAAGAUGGUGCUGCUGAGCGACAGUUCCAGGGACUUGGUGACUGUAUUAUUAAAAUCGCAAAGGCCGAUGGACUUUCUGGCCUGUACCAGGGUUUUGGUAUUUCAGUACAGAGAAUCAUUGUAUACCAAGCAUCCUAUUUUGGAUGUUAUGACACCAUUAAGGGAUUAUUGCCAAAUCCAAAACAAACUCCAUUCAUUCUUUCCUUUUUCAUUGCUCAAGUUGUGACUACUUGCUCAGGAAUGCUGUCUUAUCCUUUUGACACUGUCAGGAGAUGCAUGAUGAUGCAGAGCGGGGAGACUGAACGUCAGUGGAAAGGAACCAUUGACUGCUUUAUGAAAAUACACGAGCGAGAGGGGCUUAAUGCUUUCUUCCGUGGAGCAUUCUCCAACAUCCUUCCUGGAACAGGAGGAGCGUUAGUGCUAGUGCUUUAUGACAAUAUCAAGGACAUUUUUAAUCUCGAUGUUUCAGAGAGUUCAGGAUCCGAUUACAAUAACUGGGCAAUCAGUAUCACACUGAAGAACACGAAUGAGACUUCUAUGAAAUACUUUAAGAGUUUGGCUUAUCCUGCUUAUGAUCUCAUCUCCAACUCGUAA